GUUCGUUUGGAAACACGCUUGAACUUUGGGUACCUGAGUGAGCAGAGUUACAGUAGUCCAUGUAAUUUCUUCUUCACCAUAACAGUAAGAAUGGAGAGGAGCUCAGAGAUUAUUGGAGCAAUUAAAGCGCUUGGAUACACGGGCGGCUCCUGCCUCACACGGUGCAGGUGUGAUGAGCUUCCCUGUCCAUUGCUCACCUGGCUGUGUACAAAGCUCAGGACUCUUUGUCCGGAGCUGCGAGACUCAUAUAAGUCAAGUGAUGUGUUGCUGGUGGGAGAGCUUCGAAAUUUGUUGUCAAACAUGUCCUGUCCCCUCACUGUGCUGACUUCUGAAGUGCUGGAGCCCUCCAUCCUUAACAGUGUUACUGAGUUCCUCGUAGCAGAACUACAAGCAGCACACAUCAUCAAGCAUAAGGAAUUGCAGCCUGAAGAGAGUUCAACACACGAGGAGUCUGUGAAGGAACAGCGAGUGGAAGAUCACAGCCAUGAUGUUUUUGAAUUUUGUGAUGAAUAUGAAGGCGGUGAUGCUUUAGACACAGACAGAAGGAAGGCAGAGAUGCAGGCAGAAUGGAUAUUACUGCUGCAUGCCCUCGGUUUGGAUGCUUCAUCACAAUUGGAAGAUGUGCAUAGUGAGGUCAAGUUGAGGCUUGCUCGUCUACCAGGUGGAGACAUGACAAAGCCUCUUCUUAAUGCCAGCGUCAGCUCAGAGCAGUGGGCUCAAGUGAAAAAGAUCAAUCAAGUUCUGUCAAAGGACUAUCAGUGUCGGAGGCAAAUGAUGAUCAAACGCUUUCAAGUUACACUUGAGUCAUUUGCAUGGGGAGAAAAACAGAAGGAACGCAGUGCAGCUCUAGCCUCAGUACCUCCUCUUGCAUCUCUUACUGGAUCCUCCCAAGUGUCUCUAUCUCUUGUGCUCGCUGUCAGAGAGGAUCAGUCCUUCCUUGACCCAAUCAAAGCUGGAACAAGCACUCCCAUCUACAAGACAUUGAUGGGCAGCGUGCCUGACAGAGGAGGACGGCCAGGGGAGAUCGAGCCACCUAUGCCAACAUGGGGAGCGCGAAGAACACAAGGAAACAGAGGAGGAAGAGGAAGUGGACACCAUUCUCGGCAUAAGAAAAAGAAGGGGAAAAAAGAGUAGUCUUUUUCUGUGUUCAGCUUUACAACUUAAAUGGAAAAUAAUUUAUGAUUUUUCUUUAAUUUAUUUUUGGGAAAUGAAAUGCUUCAAUAUAUAGGUUAUAGUUCGGAAUGCGUCCAUAGUUUGUAGUUAUAGUGUGUCUACAGAACUAAAUGAGCACAUUUCUAAAGCAGCAUGUUAUUGCAAACUUAUACUGGUAUAUGUACAGGUAUCUUUUGUCAAAGUUUGUUAAUAUAGGGAACAGAACUAAAAAAUAACACUACUAGUAGUACAGCUUAUUUUUAUGUAUUUGUUUUCAAGAUCUAUUGUUUGAGAAUAAACCAGUUAAAAUCAUAUCACUGUAAUUUGUGUUAUGUUUUGUGCAA